UUAUAUUUUUCUUUAUCCGAGCAGCCCUCUCGGACCCCACAUAUUAUGCGCUCUUUCCAUAACACAAAUUCCGUCUGCCCGGCCUAAAUUCCGCAGCCACGAGCCACGUGCCACCUGCCCGCAUUCGCGAAGCGUAUCGACGUAGCCGCCGUUACGUGCGCGCCGGCGCGGCCUUUAACCCCGGCCGGCACAGCCCAAGCAUCCGAGCCGCACCAUACUCUGCCCCACCACUUGUGCCACGCCGCGGCCGCCAUUAUUCCUUCCCACUCUCGCCAGCCCUCCCUCACCCGAUGCCGCCGCCGCCGCCGCCACGCACCCUCGUCGUCGUCCUCCUCCUCGCCGUCAUCGUCGUCGGCGCCGUCUCGGCCCAUGGCCGCCUGCUCGCCUCCGACGGUCUCCCUGGGCAGGGGAGCGCGUCCGACGCCACCGUGCUCCGCCUCCCGUCGGCGGGGCGGCCGGUCGGGGAGGCGGAGGAGGGCGGGUGCGAGAUGACCUACGGCUUCCUGCCGUGCACGGAGACGGCGGGGGGCAACCUCUUCCUCGCGCUGGCCUACGGCUUCCUCAUGUUCAAGUCCGCCACCUACCUCUCCGCCGGCAGCGAGCUGCUGCUCGAGAUCCUCGGCCCGGGGAUCGUCGGCGGCCUCUUCCUCCCCAUCCUCGGCGCGCUGCCAGACGCCUUGCUAAUCCUCGUUUCUGGCCUCUCUGGCACUAAGGAGGUUGCUCAAAGUCAGGUUUUGAUUGGAAUGGGCCUGCUGGCGGGGUCGACGAUCAUGCUUUUAACCAUACUUUGGGGAUCUUGUGUUAUUGUCGGUAAAUGUGAUCUGUCAGAGAAUUCAACUACAAUCGAUUCCCAAGAUACCAAAGCCUUCAGUCUUUUUGGCUCUGGUGUUUCCACUGAUUUGCAGACCAGCUAUGCAGCAAGAAUCAUGGCAAUAUCUAUUCUCCCCUUUAUCGUUGUUCAGAUACCGCAAAUUCUGAAGCUCCAAUCUGGUCAUCGCUUAACUCUACUGCUUGGGCUUAUAGUUGCAGUGCUACUUCUGCUUACUUAUUGCCUGUACCAGAUCUUUCAGCCAUGGAUUCAGAGGAGGAAAUUAGAAUAUUCAAGACUGAAGCAUGUAAUGUCUGGGCUUCUGAAACAUGCUCAAAUGCAUACUUUUGGUCACCUUAUUGAUGAUGAUGGCACACCAAAUGUUUCUGUCAUAGAGAAGUAUGACUGGUUUGCAAUUCGUUUUUACCUAUAUUUUCAUCCCAAAAAGUAUCUUCUAAAUGAUACUGUAAAAAUUGGCAGGUUAUUUCACAAAAUUGAUCUGGACAAUGAUGGAAAGAUAGGGCGUGGUGAACUACAGGCUUUCAUCGUUGGUGUGAAUUUUGAAGAUAUUGAGUUGGAUAGUAACCUAGCUACAGAUCAAGUCAUGGCUGACUUUGAUAGGUCUCGGAAUAGUUCCAUUGAAAAGGGAGAAUUCGUUGAUGGCGUCCUUAGAUGGCUGGAAGAAGCUAAGCGUGUUGUUGCUGGUUCUGGUGCCUACUCAAAAAAGUUUAUGGAGGAUUUUCACAUUACAACAGGGGAAGAACAUAAUGCACUGCUUGACAAGCAUGAAGAUGAUGGUGAAUCUAUUGAAAAUCCAACCUGGACAUGCUUCAAGGCCAUUUCACUUUUGCUUCUCGGAACUGCAAUGGCAGCUGCAUUUGCAGACCCACUUGUUGAUGCUGUGCACAACUUUUCAAGUGCUACCAGUAUACCAUCUUUUUUCAUUUCCUUCAUUGCGAUGCCACUGGCUACCAAUUCCAGUGAGGCUGUCUCGGCAAUUAUCUUUGCCAGCCGAAAGAAGCAACGCACUUUGUCUCUAACAUUCUCUGAGGUCUACGGUGGAGUGACCAUGAACAACACGCUCUGCCUGGCCGUGUUCUUGGCUCUCGUUUACAUCAGGGGCUUAACUUGGGACUUCUCUUCAGAGGUGCUCGUCAUCUUCCUCGUGUGCAUCAUCAUGGGCCUCUUCACCAGCUUCCGGACCAAGUUCCCGCUGUGGACGUGCUUCGUCGCCUUCCUUCUGUACCCACUGUCGCUGGUCUUGGUUUACAUCCUCGACUACAAGUUUGGCUGGUCGUAGACCUGACCUGAAUGGUGGUUAGUUGAUAGGUCUGAUAUACGGGGACAAAUGUAGGCAUGAAGACCACUUCUCUUAGGCAUGGGAUCACUUCUCUUACUGCUUGUAAACCUCAUCUUGUACGUGUUUCUGGUUGGAUGGAGACUACGGCAUACUUGGGGCCGUCGCUAAUAAGUUACGAUCAGAGGAGAUGAUAUCUUGUGUGUUGCUGAGGGAAUUGGUUGCAGUAUAAUUCAUCGAGAUAUGUCAUACGGAACAUGAAUAUUUGGAUUAACAAUAUGAGAACUAAAACUGAAAUUACAUA